CAGCCCAGGAACUUCUAUCUGUAUAUUAGACUUCCACUACUUAAUCGUCUAUAGGUAGGCAAGUAAGAAUUGUAUAGUCUAAGAUCACGGGAGCUAAAUAAUUUUAUUAACUCAUAGCUUACCCGUCCCAAUAAGAUGCUGAGAUCAAUCAACUCAUCAUCUCUACGCAUAGGAAUAAAGGGGUCAACACUAGUAAGACAAUCAUUCAUAAAGAGGUACUCAAAAUCUCAUGCUUCCUCAUCAAUCCUACCGCGCAUAGCGAUAAUCGGUGCCGGCCCAGGUGGUCUGACAUUAGGCGCCCUCCUACACAGGCACCGCAUCCCAUUCACCAUCUUCGAAUACCAGGAGCAGCCCAAAGAGAGCGACUAUGCACAGCCCUCAGGGAUGCUCGACCUGCAUCCAGACACAGGGCUGGCAGCGCUAGAAGCAUGCGCGUUGACGAGCGAGUUUCAAGCGCGCAGCGUCGAAUGCGGCGAGGCCGUCAUCGUAGCUGAUAAAGACGGCUCCGUGCUCUGGUCAAUGGAAAAUGCAGACGACAAGCAGCCUGAGAUCUCGAGGCACGCUUUAACGAAGCUCUUACUUUCGAGAGUACCUAGCGAAUACAUCCGAUGGGGUCAUCACCUAACCUCCGCACACUCUAGCACCGCAUUAAGAUCCCCAGGGAAAGACAGAGAUUACGACAAUGAAUACACGCUUCAUUUCGAGGACCGCACCAAAUCAGGUGAACUGAAUGCGGCGUCAGAAGUGGAGGUGGCAGCAGAUCUAGUGGUUGGCGCAGAUGGGGCAUGGUCGCGCACGCGCCGCAGUCUACUCGACACGCCCAAGCCCGCAGACAAGCAAAAUCCAAUAUACAGCGGGGUGCAAAUGAUAACACUCGACAUCGCAGAUCUCGCCACGCGGUAUCCCGAAUUAUCUACACUACUAGGUCCAGGCUCGUUUUUCGCGCUUGGCGACGGUAACGUGAUAAUCGCCCAGCGGGGCGCGGGCGGUGCCGCGCGAAUGUAUCUCACAGUGAGCACGCGCGAGGACGACUCGCUCGGUAUGUCGGCGACAAUGCCUCGAGGCGAAAUUCACGACAUGCUUCUCAAUGCUGCAACGACCCACGAGGCGCGCAGUUGGCGGAACUUCAGCAGCUGGGGGCCGAGGCUGCAGGAUCUAAUCACUGUCGGGCUCGCUGAGACGAAGACGGAUCUCGACAUCAGAGGGUUGUACAUGCGUCCAGUGGACGAGCUAACCUGGCGUCACCGCGCGGGUGUAACGCUGAUAGGCGACGCAGCGCAUUUGAUGACUCCGUUCGCGGGCGAGGGGGUCAAUCUAGCGCUCAGCGAUGCGCUAGGGUUAUCUCGUGCUAUUACGCAGGCUUGGGAUGCCAGUAUUGGAGCUAGUGAUAUCGAUGCUGACAGGAAGCUCGCGUUCAAGAGGUCGCUGGAUCCCCUGGUACAAGAGGCCGAGAAGGAUAUGAUCGCGCAGGCAGAGGAGUCUGCUCAAGAAGCCUGGGAUAAUUUGCAAGUCUUCGUCAGUGAAGAUGCGGCGAAGAAAGCUGCUGCUCUUUAUCAAGGUUGGUACCCUCGGCCUGCAUGAUAAAAAGCAGAAUUGUAGUCUGUUGUUACAGUCUGUAUCAUGUCUCUUUCCCAACAUUUGUCUUCGCAAUCAUGAUUAUUAGCUAAGCGACAUGUAGAUGAUGGCAGUUUGUGAUAGCAGGGUUAAUACUUCCAAUUCGUACAUGACGCUAUGGAGGCAUAUUUCAAUGGCUGAGAAGACCAAGUCCGCGCGCUUUCAUAAUACAUCAUAUAAUACGGUUAAUCCGUCCCCCAGCUGAGAAACGGGUGUGUGUAUUUAAG